ACUUUUUUCACAUACUUCCUCCUCAUUCUCAAUCCUCUCACAGACAAAACUCGUGCUUUUCGUUAGGUGUUUCUGGGAUUUCCAAUUCGGUCCUCUGCGCAAAACGAGUGAUUCUAAGAUUGCGGUUGGGUUGAUGGUCUUUCAACAAUUGGGGGGAAUCAAUGGGGUCUGUUUCUAUGUCAGCAAUAUCUUUGAACAAGCGGGAUUUUGUUCCAGCGUUGGAACUUUAACUUACGCUAUUCUUCAGGUUGUGGUUACUGGCGUUGCUGCAUCUGUAAUGGAUAAAGCCGGACGAAAGCCUCUAAUUUUGGUGUCUACGUCAUGGUUGGUACUUGGCUCUCUCCUGACUGCCAUUUCAUUCUUCCUAAAGGUUCAUGAAUUGGCACUCACGGCAACUCCCAUACUUGCUGUAACUAGCAUACUAAUAUAUAUAGGAUCCUUCUCAUUAGGAAUGGGAGCAGUUCCUUGGAUUGUGAUGUCUGAGAUAUUCCCUAUAAAUAUUAAAGGGCAGGCUCGAAGCUUUGCAACUUUAGCGAACUGGCUUGGUGCAUGGUUGUGUUCCUACACUUUCAACUUUCUUAUGAGUUGGAGCUCCUAUGGUACCUUCAUUCUGUAUGCAGCCAUCAAUGCUCUGGCUAUAUUGUUCGUGAUCUUGAUGGUACCGGAAACAAAAGGGAAAACCCUGGAAUAAAUCCAAGGAGACAUUAAUGAAUAGAGAAGUGAAGGAAGAAUUAAAAAAGAAAACAAAUGAAGAGCAUUUUUUGUGGUCAUUCGUUGUCGUUGAAAAUUUUGACAGCACAGUGCAGCACAUUGGUUGAUGGAAUCUUGAGAGAGGCUUCCAAACCACAAAAAUAUUGUACUGCUACUGUUUACCCCACAAAAACAUUGCCCCUACUUCCUUUUCAUUUGUUGCAAUGACUGUUUGGCAUUGAUUGGUUUAUUUAUUUUGCUUUUGUUUUUGCCCCUGGUACUGUAUUCAUGUCCUUGUUUACUGGUUCCCUUUUUGGGGUUUUCAAAGGUGUAGCUUUGGUGGUUUUCAAUGCCACUGCUAGUGCAUCUUCUUCUUAUUUCUUGUCAAAGUUGAUAGGGAGGCCCAUUGUCUUCUCUCUUUAGCCUGACAAGCUGCAGUUUUUCCAAAACCAGGUGGCUAAAAGAAGAGAGGGACUUUUGAACUACAUGUUGUUUCUACGAUUGACUCCAACCUUGCCAAACACGUUUAUUAAUCUUGCUCCACCAAUAGUGGAUGCACCCUAUCAUAUUUUCUUCUUGGCAACCAUAAUUGGUCUGAUACCAGCUGGUUAUGUCACUGUCAGGCUCUUGGAGAGUUGCGAUCCUUUGGGGAUCUCUAUGAUUUCAACUCAAUAGCCAGUUGUCUCAGUUACUCCCACGUUAGUGGCAUCAGUCCGCAUUUGAAGAUUACUGCCUUUGUCGGAUCUCCAUUGGAUAAGAUUAUAUGCUGAAGGCGUAUGCUUGGAUGAAAUUUCUUGACUGUCAUGGUUUACUGCAUUGGUUGGUGUGGUUGGGUGUAAAUGUGGAAUGUAACUUCAUUUUCAGUGUCAAGAAUGUCUCCAAUUUCACAGGAUUGCAGAAGGAAAAAAAAAAGCCGCACCCAACUCGGUUAACAGUUACACAAUGUGUUUUAGCUGGUUUGUGUAGGCACUGAUGUGCAAGUCAUACACUGGCGUUGGGGACAAUUUUGUGCAUAAUGUAAUGAGUGUAGCCAAUGAGUUGUUUGACCUACCUUCUGAAGACAAAAGCAAAGCUUCUAUUAUUGAAAUGCUAAGCAACCUUGCAGCAGAUUGUACACAUCAUUGACGAUGCUUGUUAUUAUUAGGUCCCAAUAAUUAGUAAAGACAUCUAAGACAACGUGUAUUCUUUUUGUGGACCCGUAUUUUUAUGACAUUUUUGUAAUUUACUUGAUAUUGUUUUUUAGGUCAUUAUUAUAAUGAGAU